CAGAGCCCGGUGCCGAUCCCGGUGCUGAGCCCGGUCCCGGUGCCGAUGCCGGUGCUGAGCCCGGUCCCGGUGCCGGUGCUGAGUCCCGUGCCGGUUCUGAUCUCGGUCUCGGUGCUGGUCGCGGCUCCCGUGUUGAGCCCGGUUCUGAUCCCGGUGCUGUUUCUGAUCUCGGUCUCGGUUUUGAGCCCGGUCCCGGUUCUGAGCCCGGUGCCGGUUCUGAGCCCCGUCCCGUUUCUGAGCCCGGUUCGGAAUGGGAGCGCCAGCAGCGGAUCGCCGCCCGCCGCAGCCGCGUGGAUGUCCGGCGCCGGGAAGCCCUUGGAGAAGAGGUGGAGAAGGAAGAGGAGGAGGAGGAGGAGGAAGAUCAGGGAAUGAGCCUGAGGCUGAUCGAGGAGACUGGG